GUCUGCUAGAUCCGGCUGAUUUUUACUCUUCACACAUUUCUCCUCUAACAGCAUGGACGAGUCAAACACAAUGAGAAUUGUCAUCCUGGGAAAAACUGGAGCUGGGAAAAGCAACCUAGCUAACACCUUACUGGGCGAGACGUUAUUCUCCACAAACCAUUCUCCCAACUCUGGGACAAGUGAAUGUCAAGCAGCAACCAAAUCUGUCAAUGGAAGAAGCAUCAAGUUGAUCGACACCCCUGGUUUCUUUGACACAGACAGAUCUGAGGAGGAGCUGAAGCCUGAGAUAGUGAGGUGCAUCACAGAGUGCGCUCCUGGGCCUCAUGCUUUUCUCAUUGUGCUUAAAGUGGAGAAAUUCACUGAACAGGAGCAGGCUGUCAUCAACAAAAUAAACCAAUACUUUUCUGAAGAAGCCUUCAAAUAUGCAACAUUUGUAUUCACUCAUGGCGACCAGCUCCCUGAAGGACAGACAAUCAAGGAUUUUGUCGACCAGAAUAAGAGUAUGAGUGACCUGGUGAAGAAGUGUGGCAGCCGGUGCCACGUCGUUGAUAACAAAUACUGGAAUAGAAACUCUGAGGAUGAAUACAGGAGCAACCAGGUCCAGGUGGAGAAGAUACUUCAGUCAAUAGAAGAGAUGGUGGUGGAAAACAGAGGAGGCUGCUACACCAAUGAGAUGCUCCAAGCAGUGGAGGAAAUGAGAAAACAAGAGGAGGAGCGCAUUCGACGGUCAUCAGGAAACAUGUCAGAGGAAGAGAUCAAAAAGGAGGCUCAACAAAACACAGUCACAAAGCUGUCAGUCAGAUUAGCAGGUUUUGGAGCAGGUGCUUUGUUGGGAGCUUUUUUUGGUGUAGUAGUGAUGGUUGGCCUGGUUGUCAUAGCUUUAAGGUCUAUUAGAGACUUUCAAGGUUUGGCCAGAACUGCUGCAACUGCUGCAGCAGCAUUUGGAGCAGAAGCAGGAGGAGCCGCAGCAGCAGGAGCAGCUGCAGGAGGAGCAGCUGCAGGAGGAGCAGCUGCAGGAGGAGCAGCAGGAGCAGCAGCAGGAGGAGUAGACUGA